UUUUGAAGUUUUAUUGAAAAUAACUCAAAAUGGAGCAGGCAGACCCAUCACUAAAUACAGAUUUAGUAUCGAUAAACACUCAGAACACUUUAAAUUCCGAAGAAAAGGAAGACUACAAUAUCCUACAAACUCAGAAAACAGAGGAAGAUCUAUGGAACAAAUAAGGAGCUCCAUCCAGAUCUCAGCCAGGAUGGACUAAAUAAUGAUGAUUUAAUACAUUUAGUCGAGACUGAAGCUGAAGGAGACACUCUCACAAGUGAUAGCAGUCAUGUUUAUAUAGACAUCCCUUCUUCUCAAGAGGAUACUUUUGAAUGCGAGCAGGAUGAUGAUGAAUCUAAAACUGUAGACUAUACUUCUUAUCCUAGUUACGGCGAAUCUCAAGAAGAAAUACUUGAAAGAUACAAUGAAAUCGGUAUCCAUGAUAACCUCUUGUUCAAAGCAAGAGUGCCUAAGGGUACAAUGAACUGAUUUGAGCUCAUCUGCAUCACAGAUGACUGCCCUGUAGCUCUCCAGUUUGAUUAUGAUGAGGAGAAAUAAGUUAUACAGCAGAGACCCUUGCUUUGAGACAACUCAUAAUCAUUUUCUCAAUGUUCCUGAAGUAAGGGAACUAGAAGAGGAUAUCAUAAGUGAUCUUAGAGACGCAUACUUUCAUGAUCCAUGAGUCAAUACUCACGAUUUUGCGGCAAAAAUAUCUGAAAUAGCCAAAGUAGAAGUUGAGCCUUAUGAGUCGCUAAUGAUUUUGCUCUCCAUUAAAAAGGAAUUUAGGGUAGAUUUAGCCAUGCUUGCUCUAGAUCUCAAAAAUAUCCAGCAAGCUCAAGAUAAUAUCCAUAUCAUCCUGAACAAAGGAGAUCUAACAGUGAUGUUUGUCCAAACUGAAGGAAUGAAGCAGCAUCUGAUUCACAACCCAUACAGUAUAUUAGUGUCAGUAUCUUCAGAUAAACAAAACAAGUAUGGAUUCCAUGUUAUAACUUUCACCUCAAUCACAAUAUUCGGCCAAGCAGUCACCUGAGGCCUAGGAUUUAUCAACAUAAAAUCUGAUGAUACUUUUGGCUGGGUUUUCAGCAAAUUUUUAGAUAGAGCAGGGCAGCUUCUCAAAGGAAAAUAUCCUCCGAUAUUCAUAAUCCCAUUUGAAGCUGAAGUAAUUGCUGCAGGGUGGAAUACGCUUGGACAGGUAUCCAGAAUGUAUUGUAGUCAAUACAGUAUGAUCAAUGCAGUGAGAGAUAUUCUUCGAGACUACCUUGACGACGAUGAAGAAGAUGCUAAACUUGUUUUCACCCUCUCACUGAAAAUUAUCACAGAAACUUCACUAAAGAAAUGGGAAAAACUUGAAGAGAAAAUCAUCGAGAAGCUUGGCUUCUGCAAAUAUGUCUACAGAUGGUACGAUAAGUUUUUCUUCGACCAAAAAAAUCUCUGGAGGAUGACUACCAAAGACAAGAUGUUCUACACUGGAGGCCUCCAUACAAAUUAUCGUGGCCAAGAUAUGCAUAAAUAUCUGUUUAAAAAGCUCACAUGAGCUAGUGGAUUGUUUGAAAUAAUCAAAUUAGUUGAGAAAAUCCAAUAUUACGACUUUUCCCUUAAAAUCCUCGACAGAGAAAUCUCAAUGAUCAAGAGUCACCCAGUAAAAGUUGCUAUAAAACGGUCUUUCACUCCUUACAGUGUGAGCUUCAUGAUCAAAGAAAUGCUGAAAUCCUUCGAUCAUACAGUAGAAAUCAUCGAAGAAGAGACAAAAUACAAGAUAAAAGAGCACAAUUCCAUUGGUGGGCGAAGUUUUAAGGUAAAAUAAGACCAGAUCAAAGCAAAAGGCAGGAAAUUUCAGGAACUUCGAGAUCUCAUGUAACUGCCCAUUCUUCCAGACUCACCUGAUGAUCUGCAGGCAUAUUUUCAAAAUAUUCUCAGUGCUCCAACUGAAGACGGUGCAGUACUUCGACUACAUCCCUCACUGGCGAGAAGAUGCUAGUCUUAAAAAGUUCAAGGUAAAAGUUGACAAGAAGCGCUUCUGCGCUGGAGUCGUCACCUUCAAGCACGAGAAACGUCUUAGAAGUUUUAUGGAGUUCAUAGGUGACAAAUGCAAGAAAGGUGGCAGCGUUUCCAAAACCGGCAAGAACAAAGGCACCAGAGUUGGUGGCGGCUUUGACAAACGCACUGUCAAAGAGAUGAAAGCUAGAUAUAUGGAGAACAAAGAACGCAUUCGUCAAGAAUUUGGAGAUAGGAAGAAAAUUGAGAUGUACUAUGAACAAGCCAAGAAAGAUAAAGCGAAGAAGAAAGAUGUCUUUGAUAUGACUGAAAUCGAGAAGAAGCCCAAACAGAAGUUUAAGAAGGAGCCUAAAAAAGCAAAGAAUCAGGGGAGCUCAAGCAGCUGUUCUGACGAGGCGUCAUCCUCUUCAGCAGCUGGAUCUGAUUCUGAAUCGGAAUCUGAGUCUGAUUCAGACUCUUCAGCCUCAGGCUCAUCUUCAGCUGAAGUCGAUGAAGAUGGAGAGAUCAAAUCAAAGAUUCAUGAAAAGCUAGAGCAAACUUCUGGAAAGAAAAGAGAGAUAAAAGAGCAAUCUAAAGCUGCUGAAGAAGAGAUAGUAAUUCUCUAAUCCCCAUACUU